ACAGGCCAGACCACAAUUUUCGACAUGGUCAUAAAAUUUUAUCCCUAACUGGAUCUGCAUUUUCUCAACGUUGGUAAGCCUCUGUGGCUUGGCGCUAGAUUGCCGACUCUGGUUGUGGUUGUGGUUGCCAACGUUAUAAAAGUCAGAAGCCACUCACAUAGUCUCUCACCACUCCUUGUGAGGGGAUCACGAGAUUGGAGCGCUCUGACCUAGGCCGAUGGGUUUCGGGCUUAUGGUGCUAUUAGAGUUCACGAAUGACGGAUGCUCAGCGCUGCCUCGAUAUUUGACGGGUGUCAUCCCCAUAGUUGUUGUGGCUAGGGGCAGCGCUAGAGCGGCUACGGCACCCGCCACUGACAAUGGCAUCUACAAGUUGCAGAUAUGCCAUGAAUCAAACGUAAUCCUUGGUUCGCUACCAUCAAGCAAGCAAUUACACGUCAGUACCGGGUUGUGGAUCGGCGUCCAGUUUUGUAGGCGUCACUAUCUCAGGCACCCAUCCUGCACGUGUCCAUAGGUAGGGACCAUAGGCUCCCGGCAUUCAUUGUGUGUUCGGCAGCCAACGUGGGGUUGACUGUGGUAAGGGUAAGGAAUGCCUUGCCAGCUUGCUUGUCGUUGUUGUGCUAUGUUUGUUUCCAGGACUUCCAGCAAUCCUGAAAGGGGAGCAUAAUAAGCCCACUCAUAUCGCUAGGAUUUCUUACUGUGACGCGGCUUGGGCGGGUACAGAGACGGGAGGCCCGUGGCGUCGACGGGCAGUCCAGGCCCAGGUCCCUGGGUCUUGGGCGGCCCAACAAGAUCUUGGGAUAGAUGUCCAGACGCCUCAUUGAGUGCAAAGACACGCAUAUGUAUACGUAUGUGUGUAUGUGCGUUGGUGAGUAAGAUAUGGGAGAUCCACACCUCAAAUUCUUUUGGAGAUGCUGUUUCUUCGCCUUGUGCGGGUUAGACAUCAGCCAUGAGCCGGAGAGUUAGUCGAUCGUAAAUGAAUAGAUAAAUUAUGACAGC